AUGUUUGCUCUGCUCUUACUGCAGCUUCUGCAUGCGGGAUUUGGAUCGCCUGUAAGUUGAUAUUGCUGCUGCUAUAUCCCCCUCCCCAUUUCCCCGAUCGUAGCCUUGGUGGUUUCUUGCGCAGGAGAAAGGCACUCUUUUGCAUUUCCGCACUGGGCUCCCCGGAGCAGUGGAGGGUUGUGGGUCUGCUGCGUUAUGGUGAGCGCAGUUCAAUUCAAUUCCACGCACCGCCAUCUCUGAAUGCAAGUGGGUCUCCUGUACGAUGAGGGCUGGGUCGGGUGUGGGAAGAACAGGAGGGAACCGAGCCUUAGCAGAGGGAUCUGCGAGGACUGCAUAGGGUUUUGAGCAGAAUUCUGAUUGAGGAAGCGCACAGAAAAUAGCCAGGAUUGCAAAAGGGUGUGUUUCGCUUCGGCUGCUUUGCUCUGUGUACAUGAAAACACCCUUAUCUUCGCCUAGCCCAGAGAUCCAACACAAGAUUGAGGCCGUGAGCUCCCAAACAGCGUUACAACACGAAUUGCUCCUACUGCUUUUCCUCUGUUGCUGAACUCCCAGAGUGCUCUAUAAAACGAAUUUACGCCCCUGUCUCUAGCAAAGGAAGGGAGCGAGCCACGAGUGGACUUUGGAAAGCAGGUGACAGGUUGAAAGACUUCCUGUUGCAUUUUAAGUGAAAUAAAUCAAUGCUAGCCAGUAUCGCAUUGUAUAAGGGACGGAGUGGCACUGUGGGUUAAACCACAGAGCCUAGGACUUGCCGAUCAGAAGGUCGGCGGUUCAAAUCCCUGCAACAGGGUGAACUCCCAUUGCUCGGUCCCUGCUCCUGCCAACCUAGCAGUUCAAAAGCACGUCAAAGUGCAAGUAGAUAAAUAGGUACCGCUCAUGUGGGAAGGUAAACGGCGUUUCCAUGCACUGCUCUAGUUCGCCAGAAGCGGCUUAGUCAUGCUGGCCACAUGACCCGGAAGCUGUACGCCGGCUCCCUCGGCCAAUAAAGCGAGAUGAGCACCGCAACCCCAGAGUCGCUCAUGACUGGACCUAAUGGUCAGGGAUCCCUUUAUCUUUUACCUUAUCGCAUUGUAUGGUAGUCUGUGAGAGAAGUUCUGGGACCCUUGAGCUUCAUGUAAUCUCAGGACUUACAAGUGGCUGGGUGGUUUUGCAGCAGGACUGAUGGAUCAGCAAAACCACGCAGGGGUUGUCAAUUCCCCAUGUGCUUUACUAAUCCAGAGGUCUAGCUAGGUAGUCUCAACAGACUGACCAAUGUAGUUCCAAACACCUUGCUAGGAAGUGCCCCUUCUUUAAGCUGCUCCCCCCCCCCCAAGCUUCCUAUAUUGGAACUAUGGCUGAUUGAGAAACUACCUUUUGGAGUUGCAUUCCUUCUUAGUUCUUCACCUGUAAAAUGAUUUUAUGGCCCUUUGCACAUUCUGUAUUUUUUGUGAUGUUACAUACUUUGAAAAUACGUUCUACCUAAAUUGUCACAUGGCUUUUCCUUUCUAGAAUUGCAUGUCUGCGAUAGAUUCUGUGAUGUUUUUAUAUGUUUAAUUGUUGGUUAAAAUCUGUAGCUUCCACUUUUUAAAAUAUUGAAUUUUGUUUUAUUCUUCUGUAUUUGUGUAGUCCUCCCUGAUUCUUUGGUUCAAUUUAUUUUAUUAUUUAUUGGAUUUAUCUGCACAGGUCUUUAUCGUUCUACUGUGUUGAAAUAUUUAAAUAAUAAUGCAGCUCAUUAGGUAAAGGGACCCCUGACCAUUAGGUCCAAUCGUGGCCGACUCUGGGGUUGUGGCGCUCAUCUCGCUUUACUGGCCAAGGGAGCCGGCGUACAGCUUCCGGGUCAUGUGGCCAGCAUGACUAAGCCGCUUCUGGCGAACCAGAGCAGCGCACGGAAACGCUGUUUACCUUCCUGCCAGAGUGGUAUCUAUUUAUCUACUUGCACUUUUGACAUGCUUUCGAACUGCUAGGUUGGCAGGAGCUGGGACCGAGCAAUGGGAGCUCACCCUGUCAUGGGGAUUUGAACCACCAACCUUCUGAUCGGCAAGCCCUAGGCUCUGUGGUUUAGACCACAGCGCCACCUGCGUCUAAUGCAGCUCAUUAGCAGUAACAUAAAAGGAAACAAGAUAUCUGUUCACCUGCUACUUUACAUACAGUAUGCAUUUUUAAAUCCAGUAUUAUGUAACCUUUUGCUAGAGGCUAUUAGGUGUUGCUGACAGUGAUUAGAAUAAGAAGCAGACAGUGUUGUAGUUUUUAACAGCAACCAACUUUGACUCUUAAUAGUAUUUGAUGUUGCACAUUGCUAUUUCUAGCCAGUUUACAUGGACGCAACCACAGCAUAAUUUUUUCCUACAUUAGUUUUAGGAACAGGAAUUGCCGCUUUGUUAGUACAAGUGCAUGUUACAUUAUCUUGCUUUCAUGAGCUUUGCUACGAUGGAAAGUAUAAUUUUGGACAAUCCAAAAAAACCAUUGGCAUGUUUGGGCAAAACAGUAACUAACAAACAAUGUUAAGGUCCCCAAAGCAUUACGCAUGGGAAACAAUAGCUUAAACAAAGCAUCCUUGUUGAGAAGAGUGGAAUCACAAUGGCUACAACCAUGUCAAAGAUCUGAACUUGUGAAUUACAAGCAUACUCUUGUCUGCUGUAUUGCCUAAUUGUAAGGAGCAGUCUUCUUGUUCAGAGCCAGCCCAUCCACGACACUAGAUGAGGCAGCCACCUCAGGCGGCAGAAAUGGAAGAGGCGGCACUCACAUGAGCACAUCGCCCCACUGCCACUGCAGAUGCAACCCAGGUAAGGGAGGCUUCAGCAGUGGCAGAAGGGCACUGUGUUCUCCUGGAAAGGAACUUAGGAAAGUACUUCUCCUUAAAGAGCAGCACUUUCUGAAGUUCCCCACCCCUCCCUGGCACAGCCUGGUGAGCAGGCAAGGCUUGAGGAGAUGGAGAGGGGCUUGCAGAGCCUCGUGCCCCCUUCCAUCAUGGGGGCGGCAGGGGAAGUUCCGCCUCAGGCAUUGACAGGUCUUAGACAAGCCCUGGUCGUGUGCCACAAAUGAGACCACAAAAAAGUUCACGAUUACAAGAUUUUGUCAAGAUUAUACUGGCCAGGGUGGACAACAUAACAUUUGUGUUUGUGUGACUGAUGUGUUCGUGAUUUUUUUUUUAAGUUUUCUGAGUUUGUGCCAUUUGGGAUUGUGAUAGCUGAUGCUGCAGCUGCUGUGGGACAAAAACAUCAUGCAGGAAGAGGAAUUGACUCACCCUGUGUAGCAAUCAGCCCUUUCCUUUCUCGCCUCACCUAGCUGUGAUGUGUCAUUUUGGUGCCACUGCUAACCAGAACCAUCUGAGCAAUAUGAGAUGUAUUCCUGGAGCAUCCAUUGUAUCUGUAUCAGUUUGUGGUGCUGAACCCACAAAAUGAGACAAUAUUUCCGAAAGCUGAGUAAACUUUGAGGGUGGGAACACUACUUAUGAACUGCUAGCUGUAGUUGAAUUGGUUCAGAGAAGGAUCGUUUCUGAUUCUUGUGGAAACUGGUUAUACACCUGAUGCCUAUAAUUUACAAAGUAAGAAUACAUUGUGGACAUAAAUGUGCUGCACAGAGUCGUUGGAGGCCUCUUCUCGGAAGCCGGCUGGUACGUGUGAGUACCUCUGAGCCCCAAGGGAGGACCGGGGGAGGAGAUGGCUGAACUCCAGGAUGUGCCAUUCAGGAUGUGGAGUUCAGCCAUCUCCUCCUGUGGAGGUUUUUGAAUCGGACGGUUACACUUUCUGAAACUCAAAAUUCUGCUGCUGCAUAUGCAGUGGUACCUCGGUUGUCAAACGUAAUCCAUUCCAGAAAACUGUUUGACUUCCAAAAUGUUCGACAACCAAGGCGCAAUGAGCGGUCGGCAAAUUCCAUUGAGAAAAUGGAGAAAUGUGCCUCAGAAGUUGUUCGACUUCCAAGGCGCGUUCAAAAAUGGACGCAUUCACUUCUGGGUUUUCGGCAUUCGUGUUCCAAAUCGUUCAGCUUCCAAGAUGCUCAAAAACCGAGGUUCCACUGUACUUCUAAUUCAACGUGUUUUGAAAAUAUUUUCAAGACAGUAAUAGUUUUUUUAAUCAUAAAGUGUAGUGUCACAAUUGCUGUGUAUCAUUGGUUCCUUUUUCCUGGUUUCUACACUAGGGAAUGUUCUUUAUUAUCCAGAGCUGAUGGUAUUACUGGAUUUCAGACCAAGAAAUCCCUCCAGAGCUACGUUGUUGCCUACUGGAAAAUAUUGUAGGAGAACAAGGAAGAAUCUGGGACCAUUCAAGAAUAAAGAUGAUCUUCAAACAGUUGUCCCUUAAAACUAAGGCUGCAGCAGUUGCUGGAAUUGUCUUCUUCUCCAUGAUAGCAUCUCGGACACUUUUGGCUGACAGGAUUGAGGAGAAGCGUUUGAGGUGGCUGGUCAGACUGCAGAUGUUACUAUUUGCUAACGCCCUGAUGUUCAUAGGAUCGCUUCACAUAUGGAGAAGCCUUGUGACCGUGUUCUACAGAUCACCAACUCCCAUGUUGUCCUGUUUCACCUUAUGGAAAACAACUGUGUUAAUGUUCCUGAUUUUGGCACACUCCAGCUUUUUUACAGUUCUGCUGCUUGUUGCAGAGGAACCAUAUUUAUUUUCUUUAGCUGCUCAUACCUGCCUUGGAGGGUACAUCCUCCUUAUAUUCUGCCUCUUUGUCCUAGGCUCCUUGGAACAAGUUUAUAAGCUCUUGCUCCAAAGACAGGCAAAGAUGGGCAGUGCCGGUAAAAAUGCCAAACUGGCAAUAAAGCCAGCUCUAGCGGUUGUGUUGACAGUUGUGUUGACUGUUCUGGGACUCCUCAAUGCCUCCCAACCACCUGCAGUGAAGUCAGUAGCGAUUCCCCUUCACAAACUGCCACCGUCUAUGGACCAGUUGAAGGUGGUCUUGCUUUCAGAUAUUCACCUGGGGCCAACUAUUGGCAAGACCAAACUGGAAAUGGUUGUAAAAAUGGUUAGGGCCUUGAAACCGGAUAUCACGGUGAUUGUGGGUGACUUGACUGAUUCUGACGUGGAAGGCCUUGGGCAUGCUGUGAAACCUCUUGGCAUGCUUAACUCCCCACUGGGAACUUAUUUUGUCACAGGAAACCAUGAGUACUAUACCUCUGAUGUCAACAGUUGGUUUGAAGUGCUGAAAUCACUAAACAUCCGCCCUCUGCAUAAUGAGAACAUCAAGAUUAUGUCCCCCAAGGGUAGGAGCACCGAUUGGUUUUGUCUGGCAGGGGUAGACGAUAUCGAGGCUACUGCAAUGCAUUACCCUGGCCAUGGGAUGGAUUUAAAUAAGGCUCUUGGAGACUGUGGCACAGAUCAUGCCAUCAUUCUUCUUGCCCACCAGCCACUUGCUGCUAAAUGGGCUCUCCAAGCUCGGCCAGAUAUAAAUUUGAUCUUGUCUGGGCAUACUCACGGAGGGCAGAUAUUUCCUCUGAAUAUUGCUGCCUAUUUCUUGAAUCCAUUCUUUGUUGGCUUGUACAAGGUCGGACAAAACACUUUUGUGUAUGUUAGCCCGGGGACGUUUUAUUAUGGAAUGCCAAUGAGAUUGGGAAGUAGAGCAGAAAUAACUGAGAUAAUUCUGCGUUCUCACUCAUCAGUAUAAAAUAAUUUAUUUCAUUUGGCUUGUGCAGUGCAUCUUCUUGUUCAUAAAAUGCCACAAUUUCUCUGGAAUACUGCUGAGCAGGUGCUUAGACCUGCAAGUCAUGCUACCUUUUUGGGAUGCUACCUUUGAAACUCCCCUGAAACUUUAAUGAAAACUCUGAGAAUAGCCUACGUUUGGGGUGUGUAACAUUGCCCCAGGUAAGAGACGGUGAAACAACAAGGUUGUGAGACAAGUUGUCAAACCAGAAUGUUGCGUUUUUGAACAUUCCUAUUAUUUUCUGCUUUUGUAUGGUGGCACUUUCAUAUUUAUCCAGAGUUCUUGCAUUGAUUUCUGUAUUGGAAUGUUAUGUUUUGAUCUGUGAAUUGCUGUUGAAAUUGUUGAAAUGCAUUAAAAAUAUUAAAUUAAAUUAAAACAUACUCAUUGUUGUGGCUUUUGGCGUGUUGUGUAUUGCUGCUUCUGCUUUGCGUAUUGUGACCUACUCUGAACACAAUCUCCUUUUGUGGAAAGUGGUAUACAAAUUAAAAGAAGACUCAAAUCUAGCCCUGACUACAAGCAGGAGUCUCUUCCCCAGCGACAUACAUCAAACUUAUUACUAAACUGAAAACUAUGGAGAGAACUGGUCUGAAUAGAGAUAUUGGAUUCUUGUCUCGUUACAUAUGCUAAAGCUAUUUUUGGUCGCCUGCUUACUAUCCCUUGGUUUUUCCUGCAGGACUAAGUGCAGUUGUUAACAGUCCAACAGUUUACCAUACCCAUUGAGUCCAUCAUCCAUCUCCUACUACCCUUCUGAGAAAAACCCCACCCCACCCCACCCUCCCACUAUAUAUAAGGGUCUGGUGACUUCUCUUUCAGUGUAUCUGAAGAAGUAUGCAUGCACACAAAAGCUUAUACCCAGAACAAACUUAGUUGCUCUCUAAGGUUCUACUGGACGAUUUUUUUAAUUUUUAAAAUUUUUAUUUAUUCUGUACCUGCUCAUCCCAAGUGGACCUUGCGGUAGGAUUGCUAUCUUGUCAUGCUGUGGAAGAACUUAAAUGAGACUGUUUUGGUGGAAUUAAAAUCUUAUUUUAGUACACGACCCAAGGAAAGAACUUGCAACUUCUGCCUGAAAUAGAGAAGUACGGUAGAGUGAUUAGUAAGUAGAUAUUUAAUUAUAUAGCACUGUCCGUGUGCAUGGUGGUGGAUGGAAUGCAAGAAGAGGACAGGUCCCUGACUUGAGUUUACAGUCUAAAAAUCAAUACAGGGAACAACAAAGAAAGCAGUCGGGGAAAUGGGGAAGCAAUCUGUGAUUAUUUCAGUUAUGCUUAUGCUUAGCUACCUGUAGGGCAUGGGAACUAGGGGAUUGUUCCAAAGAUUUCAUAGAACAGUUGGCUUUUAAACCAUGAGAGGUGGCAUCAGGCAGGUGUUCUGACAAAUGGGUUCAAGCUAAACUGGGCAGCGAGGGCAGAGCUUUUAAGGUUGGUGGGAUGUGAAGAGCAAGAGAUCCAAGACAGAAGAAGAUCAGGGUUGGGAGAGAGAGGACGGCUAAUAUAGACCUAAAGGCAUGCACCUAUAGAAUAGGGUUAUGAAAGAAAAAUAUUAAAAUAAGGGUUGAAAGAAAAAGCGGAAGGUAGCAAUGUACAGUGGUACCUCAGGUUACAGAUGCUUCAGGUUACAGACGCUUCAGGUUACAGACUCUGCUAACCCAGAAAUAGUACCUCAGGUUAAGAACUUUGCUUCAGGAUGAGAACAGACGUUGUGUGGUGGCAGCAGGAGGCCCCAUUAGCUAAAGUGGUACCUCAGGUUAAGAGCAAUUUCGAGUUAAGAAUGGACCUCCAGAACGAAUCAAGUUACUAACCCGAGGUACCACUGUAAUUCUUUUUUUUUUUUUAAAAAAAAAGAAAUGCUGAUUUUGUAGAGAGAAUUGAUUUAUAGAUGUUUCUUUUAGGAUUGAAUAUUUCAGUGCUGGUACAGAUAAUCAAAACGAAGUGAAUGAUUUGGCAGAAAUAAUAAUGCCAGGGCAGGGUUAUAAUAAAUAUUCCCUAGCACAGGGGUGACUAACCUGCACCGCCUCGAUAUUAUUGGACUCACAACUCCUAUCAGCCCCAGCUUGCAUGUCCAAUGUAACAUUCAGAGGGCUGCAGGCUACCCACUUCUGCUGUAAAGGUUAAAAUUGUAAUUUUGGUAAUGUUUGAUCAGCACAGCGGUGCGUUUUGGGUCUUGUAUGUGUGGUGGUCAGUUCUGUUACUGUUUGCCUUAAACGAAUAAAUUCUAGACCGGAGGUGGGAAAAGGUUGGUUAGAGGAAAGUGUGCCUCCCUCUUGGAAGGGCCAUGUCUCUGCUUGUGUUAAAAAAUAAAAUAAAAUAAUAAUUGGUUUAGGAUUAAGAUAUGUUGAAUUGUAGAAUACUAUGGAUUGAGAUGAUGAUGAAAAGGAAGGAAGUUAGUAAUUUGAAUUAGUUAAUUGUAUUAGAAAAUGAGUAUUGGAAAAUUGCUAAAUGAGAUUUAAUGAAAAUCAGUUAGGAAGGAUUUGAGGAAGUCACUUAACAAUGGAAAUUAGCUUGGAUUUUGAUUGGAAGAAAUUGUCUAUGUUUGUCUGUUUUGUAUAUGUUUUGUUUUUUGUGUUAUGUUGUAUUUGUUAAAAAUUUGGAAAUUCAAUUUAAAAAAAUUGAAAAUAAAAUAAAAUAAAAACUUCUGUUCUUUCCCGAAAGCUAAAGCUCCUGUCCACCUAACAUAUCUUCACAGGUCACAUCCCAGAGAAGCUUUGGGAUCGAUUAUGCCCACAACUGCUUCCUCAAGGAUGGGAAACCAUUCCGUUACAUCUCAGGCAGCUUCCAUUACUCCCGCGUUCCCCGGUACUACUGGAAAGACCGCCUCUUGAAGAUGAAGAUGGCAGGUCUUGAUGCCAUCCAAACGUAGGUAGCAAGAGUGGUUGUCAGGCAACCAUUAAAAGGGGUGAGGCAUCCUCUGAAGAUACGGCCUGAGUUAUGUAUUGACUUUAUUGGCAAAGAGCCAGAAGGUGUAGCAAUACAGGAAACUCAUUACAAUUGUAGGAGAAAAAUUGGCUAGAGUCCAGUUCACGAGAUCUGUUGCCCGUUUCCCAACUAAAAGGUAGCCAGGAACACAUUCUAAAAGCGGUGUAAUACAGUUGUUUACUCUUGACUUCCGUUUAUUCCAGAGCAAGGUACUGCUACCUAAAAUGAGCAGAUAUAUACCUUAUUUUUCGCCCCAUAGGGUACACCGGCCCAUAGGGCACACCUAGUUUUUUUGGGGGGUGGGGGAAAUAAAGAAAAAAAUAUAUUUCCCCCCCAGGCGCAGGGCUGGGGCAGGGGAAGCCCGAGCUUCCCCCGACCCCAGCCCCCAGGACAGGCUGCUAUCCGCAAGCCUAGGGAGCCCGGCCGGAAGUCGCGCCAGUCUCCCCAGGCUUGCGGAUAUCUUCCCGAAGCCCGGGGCGCGUGGCUCAGCGCGCCCCAGGCUUUGGGAUGCAGGCAGCUCCCACUGCCAGCCUCCAAACCAGGUCAGGGAACAGCGGGAAGGCGCGCUCCGCCUCCCCACUGUCCCCCGAGCUUGUGGGGCUGGCGGUGGGGAAAGCAGCGCUUCUCCCCACUGCCAGCCUCCAAACCAGGUCGGGGAACAGCGGGAAGGCGCGCUCCACCUGCCCGCUGUCCCCCGAGCUUGUGGGGCUGGUGGUGGGGAGAAGCACUGCUUUCCCCACCCCAGCCUCCAAACCAGGUCAGGUUUGGAGGCUGCUAUCCGCAAGCCUUGGGAGCCCGACGGGAACUCCCGCGGAGCUUCCAAGGCUUCCGGAUAGCUUCCUGAAUCCUGGAGAGGAAGAGGGGUCGGUGCGCACCAACCCUCUCGCUCUCCAGGCUUCAGCGAAAGCCUGCAUUCGCCUCAUAGGACACACACACAUUUCCCCUUCAUUUUUGGAGGGGAAAAAGUGUGUCCUAUAGGGCAAAAAAUACGGUGUGUGCAUCCAGCUUAUUGCUUCUGCCUCCCUUGUGCUGCGGCAGUUCAGGAGGUAUUGGCGCAGUCAGGCAUUUCUGCCUAUUUGCUUCUUCAGGGGGAAAAAAAAGCAGAACAGUAUGCUGUGCUUUAUUAUUAUUAUUUUUUUAAAUGAUAUUUAUUAGAGGUUUAAAGAUUGCAGAAAAAAGAAAAGAGGAAAAUAAUAAAAAAAUUAACAGAAAGUACAUUACAAUAGAUAAAAAGAGAGACAUAAAAAAAAAUACAACAAUACAGCAAAAAAAGAAAAAACUAAAACACAUCCAAUAUUCCAUGUCUUUACCUUUCAUUUACUUGUUUCAUCGACCUCCUCACACCUCCCUUUUUUGUAUUCUAGUUCAAUUCACUAUUUCAGCAAAUUCUUUCCAUCUUUCUCAAUUUUUGUUCUAUAAUUUAUCUUAACGGUCUAAACUUAAAUUUUUUUCCUUUUAGCCCAUUAUCAAUCAGCUUUUACUUAAUUCUUUAUUACAUUUCUGCUAAAAUCAUAUAGCUUCAUUCCAGCAUCCUUCUAACAUUCAUUAAUUUUGCAAUGAUAUACUUUAAAUUUUUUCCAAUCUUCUUCCACCAACUCUUCUCCCUGGUCUCUCCCAGGGAGGGAGUAUGCUGUGCUUUAAAGUAUGUCAAAAUGCUUCUCCGGGGUAAAAAUUGCUUUCUGCAAUUUGAAUAAACUGCAAAUUAAGAAAAGUUGGAUGCACUUGAUCAUUCUUCUUCUUAUUAUUAUUUUACUUCUUCUAGUCAUGGGGAAAGUCUAUGCCAUCUAUCAAGAUUUUACCAAGCUUUGCCCAUUUGUUCUCCAGACUAUUUUUGCAGGGUCAUCAACUGGAACCUUGCUGCAUCAAAAAGAAACUGGUGCUCGUGUGACACUGAAUUCUAUGUCCCAUCACCCUUCCUUGGUGACAGAUUUUGUUCUUCUACCUUCUCCAUGACCUGCUCCUCAGUAAUGGCAUUCUUAUUUAGAGCAGAUAUAAUGACAAACCUUUUUCAGUGUUAUGCUUUUGUGAAAGCUUUGCUGCUUUUGCAUCUCUAAAACUGCAAUAUCCCUAUCAACUUAGCCCUCCCAAAGUGUGAUUCUAAGAUAGAGCCACCAGAGAGAGCUAGAUUCAUGUGCUCUGACAUGCUGAAAAGCUUGUUGGAAGUAGCCAGCAGCACAAUCGCUUCAUCAUGCAUGAGAAAAGCACAGUCUAUACCAGGGCCAGCAACCUUUUUCAGCCGUCAGUCCACCAUCUCCCAGACCAUGUGGGGGCCGGACCAUAUUUUUUUGGGGGGGGGAAAUGAACGAUUUCCUAUGCCCCACAAAUAACCCAGAGAUGCAUUUUAAAUAAAAGCACACAUUCUGCUCAUGUAAAAACACCAGGCAGGCCCCACACAUAACCCAGAGAUGCAUUUUAAAUAAAAGGACACACUCUACUUGUGUAAAAACACGCUGAUUACCGGACCAUCCGCCAGCCAGAUUGAGAAGGCGAUUGGGCCGCAUCCGGCCCCCGGGCCUUAGGUUGCCUACCCCUGGUCUAUACUGAAAGGUUCUCCUGCGCGAGCCUUGUCAAAGCGAAUGGCAACCGUACAAGAGCUUUGCUCAUGUUAGAGAACUUUCCCCCGAGUUGUGUUAAGAAUCUACGGAAAAACAAAUCCUUUAGCUUGGAUCCAAGGAGCCACAAGCAGAGGGAAAAGUACUGUAUGCAGUUCUGUGCACGGAAGCACAAAUCAAAACACACAAGCAUGGUGCACAAUUAAGAGGGAGAGGCAUGCUUUUCACAUGCAGGAGAGUCUUUGAAUGAAUUCCCACCCAACUCUGAACCCCCUGGUGCGAAGGCCUGUUCAUGUAUUCAGAAAAGGAACAUCUGCACUUCAUAUCCCACCUGGCUGUUAGCUGAAAUUCCUUCAGGUGCAAUUAUAUUGCUGCUUGUGUCAUUUUUGUAAUUCUAAAGUAAGAGGCGUAUGUGGUAUUUGCAGGUAUGUCCCGUGGAACUUUCACGAAGUUGAGCCAGGAGUUUACAACUUCGCUGGUGAUCGAGACCUUGAGAGUUUCCUGCGGCUUGCCGAUGAGAUUGGCUUGCUAGUCAUCCUGAGAGCUGGGCCAUAUAUAUGUGCAGAAUGGGACAUGGUAAAUAUUUAUCCUCAUUUGUUGAGGCCAGAGGGCAUUGCACGAGAGGACGUGUUAUCCCAUGCUUUCCAGUGUAUUGCAAAAAGUCUGAUCUUUUGCAGAAGCAGUUGUGUUGCAGGUUUGCUGCACAAGCUUUCCCAAUCGGCUAUAACUGCACAGCCUGAAUUUGCCAGGGUGGGAUAGAAUCCCAAUAAUAAUAAUAAUAAUAAUAAUAAUAAUAAUAAUUUAUUAUUUAUACCCCGCCCAUCUGGCUGGGUUUCCCCAGCCACUCUGGGCAGCUUCCAACAGAAUAUUAAAAUACAAUAGUCUAUUAAACAUUAAAAGCUUCCCUAAACCCAAGAAUAGUGACAGUCUGGAAACGCUCUUGGUUUUCACGUUUGACUGACAUUCACAAGAUACUGGACAUGGAAUACCGUGAUGCCCUAAAUGCAGCUUGUCUGCUCAUUUCCAUCCCAAAACUGGUCCAACCCCACCUGCUCCUUCAACUAUAGUCUUGGUUCAGUUCCUUGGCCAUGCUGGAGUCCAACAAAAAGAAGAGAAUCAAGAAAAGCCAUUUUAAAAUAUGGUGGUUUUAAGUCAAUAUUGGAAUCAGUGCUUAUAUAGUUGCUUAUAUGAGUUUAGGUGCUAGGAUUUUCCUGGAUAAUGUGAUGCUAUCAUCAAUCAUGGUAUUGAGCAGUAGGGCUGGGCGAUAUCUGGUUUUCAACAUCAUGAUGUAUCACCAGCUAAACAUCAGAAUACUCCAGUAUAUAUCUCAAUGCCUGAAAUAAGGAUGAAGCUAUGUAGAGGCAUUGGCUGGCUUCACGGUUUUCCCCACAUUGUGAUUUUUGCAUAGCGCGCACACACACACACACACACACACACACACACACACAGUAUAUUGCCAGGUCAAAAAUUAUGAAACCAAUAUAACGAUAUGGAAUUCAAACCAGUUUUGGAAGAUAAAUUAAUAUAUCACCCAGCUCUAACACCCAUCAUGAUUUGUGAUAUAUUGCCAAGUCAAAAACUAUGAAACGGAUAUAAUGAUAUUAUAUGGUAUUAUAUAUGAUAUUAUAUUCAGACCAGUUUUGGAAGAUAAAUUAAAAUAUCUCACCCAGCCCUAUUUGGCAGAUUUUAAAAGAUGUGAUCUUGAUAAUGUCAAAGGGAGCAGAGGCAGGCCGUUCUGCUCCACUUGCCCCUGAUAGAUUUUUAAGACCCACUUAGUACCAAACAUGGAAGGGGCUGUUUGACCAAAGCCUUCCUUACAUCGGUUGCAUGGCAGUGCCCACAAAGUGACAGCAGCGGGUUCCCUGCAAGAUCUCACGAGACCUUGCGAGAUUUGGGCAACAUAUUGGUGAAAGCUGGCACCACUUCGCCGGCGGCAGAGGUGCCUCUUAGGCUUCUGCUGCCCAAGGUGGCAGCCUCAGCCUGCUUCGUGUGUGUGCCGGCCCUGAUACCACCCGCCUCAAAGUGUCGGCUCUGCCACCUCUGAGGGUAUGGAGCCAUUUGGAUGGCCCUCAAAAUCCUUUGAAGAGGCCACUGUCCAUUUGGAUGAAGGUGGUGCAACACAACUCUGCUGGGGGCAGAUUUUAGGGUUCUUUUACCCUGCUCUGAGCACUAGGCCACACAGCUCAUAGACCUGCAUUGUUAGGUGGUAGACCAGGACUGUGAAUUCAGCAUAGUAACCCCAAGAUAGUGGAACCCCUCCCAACUGAGAUUAGAAAGGUACCUUCCUUCCUGCACUUCAGAUGCGUGGCUAAUCCUUCCUGAAGACAUUUUAAAAUAAUGUUCGGUUUUAUGAUAAAAAAAAUACUGCUUUAUUGUCCCACUUUCUGUGGAUUGUCUUAAUGUGCACCACUUAGAGUUAAUUUGGAUAUGCAGAAAAUAUUAAAAAUAAAUUUAAGGAACCACAGAAAGAGGGGGAAGGAAGUCAAGUUUGGAAAUGUUAAAAUGACUGUAAAAUUAUUGAAAUGUAUAAACCUGAAAAUCAUAAAUUGUAUAUACACACACACACACACACACAUAAAUAAAUAAAUAUAAAAUGAACUCUGAUGACAAAAAAUGUACACCACUAGAAAUUUGAAUAAUUAAAUUAAAUUAUAAAUAUAUAAAUAUAUAAUUUAUAUAUAAAUUAUACACACACACACACACACACACACACACACACAAAUAAAUAAAUAUAAAAUGAACUCUGAUGACAAAAAAUGUACACCACUUAGAAAUGUGAAUAAUUAAGGAGUAUAAAAAUGCCUUAAAUGAACAAAUAAUACUAUUCCUGCUGGCUGGCUAUUAUAGUAGAUGCUUCCAGCGGGUGGAAAUCCAUCUAUUUUCUGAGGCAAGUAUCUUUAUAUGGUUUUGCUUUCCAAGUAUAUUUUAUAGUUUUCUUUUUUCCUUUCUAGGGAGGUCUACCUGCCUGGCUAUUAGAAAAAGAAACCAUCGUCCUUAGAUCUUCUGAUGCAGGUAAUGAGUUCAAGGAAAUGCGCAGUGUUGAAUAUGAUUACUUAAGACGACAUUGCUAGAAGUCAAAUGUGAAGUUCAUACCUGUGAGCCGGUUGUUAUCCUCCCUCCCCCAUGUGCCCAUGUGAUCUCAUGGCUUACCUCAGGUAUGCUAUUAAGUAGAGAGAGGUAACUUUAUAGUUCUCUAGCCUAUAUCCAGGGAUAGUUGGAAAUGAUGGCAUGAAGGGGGGGAAAUGGAAGACACACCUUGAAUGUGUGAAUCAGCCCAUAAAAUGCUCUUUACACAUUUUUGGGGAGCAGUGAUGGAAGAGUUUAAGAGACAAGCAAGGGCUACUCCCAUUUUUGAGCAUCUAAACCAUGACUGUAACUCAGUUCUGGCCCACACUUUAAGCAAAACAUGGAGGUUUUUGGUUUGGCAGAGAGCUGAAGUAAAGAGAAACAAGGCGGCCUUCAUGUUAGCAAUGCCAGGAAUUUGAAUGAUUUGCGUACGUUUAAUUAUUUUAUAGACAUUCAAGAACUAAGCAACGGGGAAAUAAACAACUUUUGCAUAAAACAAUUAAUAACUUUCAAUGUAUGCAAUCUCUCUUUUAUAUUUUUCCAGAUUACUUGGCAGCUGUAGAAAGAUGGAUGGGGGUCUUACUACCAAAGAUGAAGGUUCAUCUUUACCAGAACGGAGGCCCAAUUAUUAUGGUGCAGGUAAAAUUAUGAAAUUGAAAUAAAUACAUGCAUGGAAUUUCCUAUAAUAUACAUGAAAAUGAAAAAAAACAAACCCACGAAAACCUGAAUGCUGUUAGUGCCAAGAAUUAGGAAUAAAUAUCUUAUUUAUUGAACAUGGCGAGAACGACCAUAGCCAGUACAUGGAAAACAUUGCAACUGUUGACCAUGGAUAAGUGGUUUGAAGCAGUCUGGCAGACAGCUUUGUUGGAAAAGCUAACAUGGAAACUGCAGAUAGCAAGAGGCCAAAAGAAAAACGAUAACUUCUAUACAGUAUGGGGCGAUUUUAUUGAACACACAGGUCGUGGGGCCCAUAGGGGAGUAGUGUUUGGGGUGGGUAACGCAGUUUGGAAUACAUGAAGCAUAUGUUUUAACCUUUCAGAUUAAAUGUGUUCCUUCCUUUUAAUGAGAUUGGACCACACGAUGUGUUAUUUUAUGGUUUUUAAGAUUAUGAGAAAUAUAUGCUACUUUAAAAUUUAAAAAACAAGCAAGAAACAGUCCUCUUGAGAAUGUGGGCCACUCCGCCUCAUUCCUACAAUUUAUUUCAUUCAUAUAUGUUUAGAUCUCAUUGAACAAUUGGCUCACUUGCACAUAGUGGCAUCUAGAUGGUUAGGAUACUUCGCAGUGUGUUUGAGCCCUAAAUACACCUAAUCUAAGACUCUGGUGAGUAAAGAAGACAGAAGAGGGACUAUUUCUACCUAUCCUCUCAACCUCAAAAUGGAGGCCUCAGAAUGUGGUUAAGUUGCUUCCAGGCAACCCAGGAAGUUGAAACUUGCUCUAACAGCAGCCUACGUUUCACUGAUUACUAGGAAAGCCUUAAAAAAUGGAGCAUUUUUGCAUCUAAUAGUCAAAACCUGAGACACGAAGUUUUCCUCACCAGGGGGCCAUCACUCCAGCACAUAUUGAGCCUAGCAGAACGUGGAGUGUUUGGUUAUGAGACUCCAUUGGUUUUUCACACACUUCAGGCCGACCAAGGCUACAAUCCUAUAUACGCAUUUUCUCGAAAGUAAAUAUCAUUGGCAUGCAUAGGUUUGCAGAGAGGGUUUAAAGAACACACCCAGAGGUAGCUUGGAGCCUUCUUACAAAAUGCAAGCUUCAUUUACUAGUAGCGAAUAAGCUUUUUACUUUUCUUCUAAAAUGGCUCCACGUUAAUGCAAUGCAGUAUUAUGUAUCACAGUCAAAUAUGGCAGCAGCUUUGAUAAUUCAAUACAGGACUUUAAGAAAAUAGAUCAUACUGAAAAUUACUCCAGAUAUAAUUGCUACUGCUAGACAUCUUCCUGGGUCCACUAUUAUGUGAGUGGCACAAACUGCUUGCAAGGCAGAAGUCUGAUAAGGAGAUCACUAUAAAUUAGUAUUAAAAAGCAAUGUUAUUGAAUAGUAUUUUAAGCUGCUCGCAUGGAUUUAAGUCAAUAUUUUUUGUUUCCUAUGAAAAGAGGGUAUUUAAAGCAGUUAGCAUGUCUUGGGGACAUCAUAAUAAAGACUGCUACUUUGGAAAAAUGUUCCCCCAGAAUUCUCAAAAGGAUCUGCAGGAGAGGUUUUUAAUUGUGGAAAUAUGAUCUUAUUUUAGUUGUUUGUUUGGGGUUUUUUUGUAUGAUUAUUUGAACUUCUCUUGUUUUUCUACACAUUAUAAUAUUUCUAUUUAUAGGUUAACUUCCACGCUAGUUGACGGUUGUCAGCUGUUUUUCCUUACUAAUUUUAUGUGUAUGUUUGGUUUAGGUUGAAAAUGAAUACGGGAGCUACUUCGCCUGCGAUUUUGAUUACCUUCGUUACCUGCAGAGCCUUUUCCGUCAGCACCUGGGGGAUGAAGUGGUGCUGUUCACCACAGAUGGCGCAAGCAAGUUUUUCUUGAGAUGUGGGACGCUUCAAGGCCUUUAUUCCACUGUGGAUUUUGGACCAGGUUGGUUGCUGUCUUGAGCAGUGCAACUAACUGGAAGCAAGCUUGUGGGAAAUUUACUCGCAAGUACUGUAUGGUGGAAUUUAUUCCCAAGUAAAGAUGCAAAGAUUUGGGCAAAUAUAUAUUUUUUCAUUAUUAUAGAAACAUAAGAAGUUACUGAGGCUAAUGGGAUUCAGUUACUGGUGUGCUGAAAAUUUAGAUCGUGCAGUUAUAGUCGAUGGGGAACUCGUACACAACAAACCUACUUCUCCCAAAGAGUGGUAUUUCUAUCAGGAAAAUAUUGGGGGAAAGCACAUUUGAGCACCAUUUAGAUGUUUGUCUGCUUUUCCUUCAUUGAAAUUCGACCAAAGCAGUCCACACCUGCACACAUUUGAAUCAGUGCACAUUAUUAUUAUUAUUAUUAUUAUUAUUAUUAUUAUUAUUUAAUCCAGCAGGUAUGGUGGUUUCUCCAUCAUGGAGCCUCCAUUUUAGGAUUGCUUUUCCUAAAUAUUUUUUAUAUCUCUGACCCCUGACCCCUUUUAUUUAUUCAGUUUAUCAACUUUGGCAAGAUGUGCUGGUCCUGCUGUUUGGGUUUUCUCUAGAGACAGGGGCUGACACUGGGGAAUUUUGAAAAGCCUAGUAUGUAGAGUUAAAUUAUUAUAGUACGCCUUUCACCAGUAUAAUCCUAUGAUGUCAUUCUGGGGUGGGUUUCUUUGCAUUGAGCUUAACCUUGUGAGGGUUGUUUAGGUCCCAUGCUUGAUAAACCUAUGGCUAGAUACCCAAAUGAAUGCCCCUGUUAUGAAUGAGUGUGCUUUUUGUGUUCUGUUCAACAAGUCACCUCAAAUAUGUCUCUGUUGUGUUCAGUUGUGCAAGUUUUUAUUUAGGUUAACAUAUUCCCAGCCUUCUCUUCUUCUUUAAUUUGCUUUAUGUAGUUAUAGCCAGGCUCCCCUCUCAUUCUUCUUGCACCUAGAUUCCGUCCAUAGUUUUCUUUAGAAAGUUUCCUGUCAUAAUUGAUGGACUCUAGUUUCCCUUUUGCAAUUCUCCAGUGAGUGUGGAAUGCAAAAUGCUUUUUUAUUGACAGCACAUGUGACUUUGUGUAGAUAUGUUGUGCGCAGGGCUUUUUUCCCCAGCCGGAACUUGCCAGAACUGAGUUCUGGCACUUCUUAAGUGGGCGCCAAUGCUAUUGUAAGAGAACAAGGCAGACAUUAAUGGUGAGUUCUGGCACCUCUUUUUCUAGAAAAAUAGCACUGGUUCUGCAUUAAGAAAGGCACGCUUUUCCAUUUAAACAGGGCCAGCUGCAGGGUGUAUUACAGAUGUAGUAGCAGAGAAACGGCAGCAUAGGAAUCAGUUUUGACACUCUUUUUUUCUUCAUUUCUUUGCAGGUGCUAAUGUCACAGCGUCAUUCUUAAAUCAGAGACACGCUGAACCUAAUGGCCCCUUGGUAUGAUUUCGCCCCUUCCCCUUAUGUUCAUACAAUACUGCUGAUAUGAGUGCAUAACAAUACAAAGGUGGUUGUAAAGGUAAAGGGACCCCUGACCAUUAGGUCCAGUUGUGGCCAACUCUGGGGUUGCGACGCUCAUCUUGCUUUAUUGGCCGAGGGAGCCGGCGUACAGCUUCCGGGUCAUGUGACCAGCAUGACUAAGCCGCUUCUGGCAAACCAGAGCAGCGCGCGGAAACACCGUUUACCUUCCUGCCGGAGCGGUACCUAUUUAUCUACUUGCACUUUGACGUGCUUUCAAACUGCUAGGUUGGCAGGAGCAGGGACCGAACAACAGGAGCUCACCCCGUUGCGGGGAUUCGAACCACCGACCUUCUGAUCGGCAAGUCCUAGGCUCUGUGGUUUAACCCACAGCGCCACCCGCGUCCCUAAAGGCGGUUGUAGUAAGUUGUUAUUGGUAAUGUGUUGAAUUGAAGUACCGUAGGGUAUACCAGAUGCAUAGACAUAUUUAAGUAUUUUGUUAUUCUUUUAAAUGCCCCCCAAAAAACUUGUUACGGACAAAAUGUAAGGCAGCAGGGAUAAUAAACUGAGGGAGUUCAACAUACAUAGAUGGGGAAAGUUUAUGGUGGAUGAGGAAGAACUGCACUUCAAACAAACAAACAAACAAGCAACAAGCAAGCAAGCAAACAAACAAACAAACAAACAAACAAACGCAAAGCUUAAUGCAUGGGAUUCUUUUGUAUCUUCAGCUUGAGGUAAUCUUGGGUCCCUUUUGUCCAAAUGUUGGGCAAUUGGGUAACUGGUUCAAGUACAGUGGUACCUCGGGUUACAUACACUUCUCGGGUUAAGCACUUUGCUUGAGGCUGAGAACAGAAAUCGUGCUCCAGCGGCAUGGCGGCAGCGGGAGGCCCCAUUAGCUAAAGUGGUGCUUCAGGUUAAGAACAGUUUCAGGUUAAGAACGGACCUCCAGAACGAAUUAAGUACGUAACCCGAGGUACCACUGUAGUCUGAGAAAGCAGGGGCUUGCUUGAUGGGUGGGGGGAAUCACCUAUGGAAACGGAUGAAGCGGCAAGCAGCGAUCAGAAGUUGAUUUCCUUCAUCUCACGACAUCAAAGUCCAACUCCUUGUCACAAGAAAGAGCCGACUAAUAUUCAGAUUCUGCACGGUCCAGUGAGAUACUGCAGACAUAUGCAGGGUGGAAAGGAGUAGCCGUUGUCAGAAUUUGGAAUCAACAGGGAUGGCUGCUUCAGAUGGCCAUCUAGAGCCAAUGUAGUAUGUGACUUGGACCAGGGGAAACCAGGUUCAAAUGCUUGCUCAGCCAUGAAGAUCACUAGGUGACCCUAAGUCAAACACAGUUCUGUGCUUAGGCUGCUAUUGUUUAGGUCAGGGUUUCCCAAACUUCGAUCUCCAGCUGUUUUUGGACUGCAACUCCCAUCAUCCCUAGCUAGCAGGACCAGUGGUCAGGGAUGAUGGGAACUGUAGUCCAAAAACAGCUGGAGACCCAAGUUUGGGAAACCCUGGUUUGGAUAAAGCAGUAUAUAGGUGUGGACUAGUUUUCAGACUUCGGGAAUCUACUUUCUCGUUUACUGUAGCACCAAGGUUCACAAUCUCAAGUGAAAUGCAAAGUAAUGGUCAGGAGGUUGGUGCUGAUGCAGAAUGGUGAUUUGAGUGGGGUGGGGCAUCCGUUACAUACAACACCCUAUGAGGCAUAAAGUUCAAGGACUGCCUCUUCCAUAUAAACCUACCUGGACCCUCAGAUCAUCUUCUGAGGCCCUUCUUCGUGUGCCUCCUCCUUGAGAGGUCUUAAAGGUGGCAACACAAGAACGAGCCUUCUCUGCAGUAGCUCCCCAUCUGUGGAAUGUCCUCCCAGGGAAGUUCGCCUGGUGCCAUCAUUAUACAUCUUUAGGUGCCAGGCAAAAAUUUUACUUUUUAACCAGGCCUUUGGUUGAUCUGAUUGACACCCUAUGCCCUUUUAUAAUGUGGCUCUUUUUUGGGGUGUUAUUGGGUUGUUUAUUUUGAUUAUAUAUGGUGUGGGUUUUAUGUUGAUCUUUUCUGUGAACCGCCCUGAGACCUCCGGGUAUAGGGCAGUACUGUAUAUAAAUAUAAAUAAAUAAAUAAAUAAAUAAAUAAAUAAAUAAAUAAAGUUAGUGUUGCCUGCAUUUGCUAGUAGAAAUAUACAUCUGAAGAAAUACAGGUCAGAGAGUCUAACAGCUUGAUAUAGAGGGGGCAGAGCACUAUUUUGCUAUUGCUAUUUUAAACCAUUGGGAACUAGAAACCCAUGUCAAUCAUCCUGUCACAGACCAGUUGAUCCUGAUCUGCGUACAUCUCACUACCCCUUCCUUUCCCCUUUGGUCUUGUAAGAAAGGCAGGAAACGACUGAUAAAUGGUGGUGAUAAAUAUGAGCCAAACCACAGGCUAUGCCUCAAGCACAAACACAUCCUCUUCAUAUGGUCAUUGGUCAGAUCUUUAAUAUUAGCAAGUUUCCUUUGCUCAUUACCACUAGUGGUAACAUGGCACAUUGUGCCCGCGGUGGGCACCUCAGUGUGCAUGGCAGCCAACAAUGUAAGAAAAGGCACAGCAGUUGUGGAAGAAAUGUGAAGGAAGCUUAAUAAUCUUUAGUAUCACCCUAUCUAAAAGCAUUUUGCGCUUGUGCUAGCAGUACACAUGAAAAGGAUCUAGGGGUCUUAGUAGACCACAAGCUUAACAUGAGUCAACAGUGUGAUGCAGCAGCAAAAGAAGCUAAUGCUAUUCUCGGCUGCAUCAACAGAAGUCUAGUGUCCAGAGCAAGGGAACAGUACACUCUAUUCUGCCUUGGUCAGACCACACCUGGAAUACUGUGUCCAGUUCUGGGCACCACAAUUUAAGAAGGAUAUUGACAAGCCGGAAUGUGUGCAGAGGAGGGCGACCAAGAUGAUCAGGGGUCUGGAAACCAAGCCUUAUGAGGAAUGGUUGAAGGAUCUGGGUAUGUUUAGCCUGGAAAAGAGGAAACCAAGAGAAGAUGAUAGCCACCUUCAAAUAUCUGAAGGACUGUCACAUGGAAGAUGGAGCAGGUUUGUUUUCUCCUUCUCUGGAGGGUAGGAUUUGAACCAAUGGUUUCAAGUUCCAAGAAAGGAGAUUCUGACAUCAGGAAUAACUUUCUGACAGUAAGAGCUGCGUGACCGUGGAACAGACUCCCUCUGGAGGUUGUGAACUCUCCUUCCUUGGAGGCUUUUAAGCAGAGAUUGAUGGUCAUUUGUCAUGGAUGCUUUUGUUGGGAUUUAUGAAUUGCAGGGGUUGGACUAGAUGACCCAUGGGGUCCCUUCCAUCUCUACAAUUCUAUGAUUCUAACAUGAACUUUAUACCUACAUUGGCAGAAUCUAUUUUAUGUACCAUGGGUUGGGUUCGCUCAAAGAUGUUGAUGUGGAAAACAUGUACAAAAGCUUCUCUUUCGGUUGAGUAGCUUGAACAUGGUAAAAAAAAAUAGCUUUUAUCACUGACACACUGCUGCUUAGAUGUCUUUUUAAUUUUUUUAAAUUCUUUUUUUUUCAUUCUACAAUGCAAUGUAAUUUUUUAAAAAUUAAAUAAGAGCCGGAUAGAUUUUGUUAGCUGCUUUUUAUUGCAUGAGCUACAUAAUUUCCCUUAAAUGCAAAACUUCUUCCAUUGUUUUAUUUCUUCUUUCAGGUCAAUUCUGAGUUCUACACUGGCUGGUUGGAUCAUUGGGGCCACCAUCAUUCCGUUAUAUCAUCAUCACUUGUAGCUAAGACUCUUAGUGAAAUUCUGGCACAUGGAGCGAAUGUUAACAUGUAAGUUCAUCAACAUCUAUUUAAAUGAGAGCUUGGGUUUUUAGUACAGCAUCUUUGACUGCCUAUUUGCCUCUCUUUUCAGGUAUAUGUUUAUAGGAGGAACUAAUUUUGGUUAUUGGAAUGGUAAGAAGUGUGUGUUGUGUGUGUGCGAGUACUUAUUUUUUUAUAAUAACAAUAGCUGGUUUUUAUUUUAUUAAGCUGUUUUGGGUUAUCUCAAGUACUGGAUUAUUUUUUAAUCUUUGAAAUAAAGGAAAAAGGAUUCGAGGAAGGCAAAACGGGACCUACUUUUCUUCCUUCCUUGAAACAGAGGGAGCAAGGAAACAUUAUAUGCUAAAGUGGUAGAAGGAGGUCUUACCAUAUAGUGGGUCAUCAUAGCCUCAUGGCCUACUUUCAGUAAUACAGUAUGGGUCAGAUAAAACAGAGGAAUAGCCAGACAAGUUAGACGGCUGUAUUUAUUGCCAGCUUAAUUUAUGAUAGUGGCUUGGGAGAAAGAGGUCCUUCAGAUUUACAUUCAGCCUCUGAAUACUUGGGUCAUAGUUUAGCCUUUCCAUACUGGAAAAGCCAGCACCGUCCACUGUUGGAAGACAAGACAGCGGUGCAUAUGCGCUACCUUUGAAAUGUAGGAAUGCAGCUGAUGUCCCUAAAUUUGCACAUCUGUUUUAUUAGGCAAUACAGAUGUUUGGGCUUGAGAAAAACAAGCCUGCUUUGGGAUAGUUUUGAGAAGAGCAAAUGUAUUGUUGGGAGCCGCCCAGAGUGGCUGGGGCAACCCAAUCAGAUGGGCAGCAUAUAGAUAAUAAUAACAUUAUUAUUAUACUUCCUCCUGUGUUCAUUUUCCUCCCUGCAGGAGCCAACAUGCCUUAUGCAGCACAGCCUACUAGCUAUGAUUACGACGCCCCGCUGAGUGAAGCCGGAGAUCUCACGGAGAAGUACUUUGCUAUUAGGGAAGUCAUUGCCAUGGUGAGUUUCUCCUAAAGCAUCACCUAAAGUAUCUAUUCCUGCAUUAGCCUUGGCUUCCAUUGUGUCACAAGGACUGAAAAUGAUGGCUGCUGCUUGAUGUUUUUGAACUCUGUGGCGUCCAGAUUCAGUGGAGCAGGAAUUCCCAGAUUUGAUUACGCAUCUGAGAGUUAAGCGAAGUAGAGCCCGUGGAACGUAGUCUAAUUUUACCAAUUAAUUUUUAUUGAUUUUUCAAAUUUUCAGCAAAUCCAUGACAAAUUGAGCAAAUUUAAUGCAAUUUUUUCAAAAAACAACUCCCCACCCCUUCUUAGAUGUGCGCAUAAUUAACCCUUAUUGCUGCUUAUAUUUCAUAGUUAUCUUUACUUCACAUUCCUUUUUUUUCUUUUGUCCUUAUCCAUCAGCUGUCUGUUUGUUAAUUCCUGCUCGUACCUUAGUUAACAUUUCCAAUAUUAUCGAGUGAGGAUCACUCCUCCAUUUUUUAAUCCACAGUAGUUCAUCAAUUAUUAUUUCUGAAAUAAAACUUUCCUUUCCCUCCAUCUGUGCAUAUAAACACCCUCUGUAAUUGUUUUCCGUUUGAUUCUUAGCUGCCCAGAUCUUCAUUAGCGUACAGUCCAUGUAUCUCUUCACAAUGCUUUUCAUCUGUUGUUGGUUUUAUAGUUUUGGGGUUGGGUUUUCAAGGACAACCAUCUUGCUUGGUAUUCAUUCCCACAGGUGGUGUCUUAACAACCAGCCCAUAAGAUCAGGGAGAGGUAUAGAUGGAACAUAGUCUAAUGGCCAACAUCCCCCUUCUGUUUGGGAUUUUGUGUGGACUGGGUUGAGUACCCAAACUCAAUACAGCCCACAGUCCAUAACUUUACCUACUCCUUUGUGGCUUAGUGUGCAAGAGGACCGUACUGAGAAGCCAUAUGUUAUCUAAUCCACAUAGUUUUUAAUGCCACGUAGAGCAAGUGUCACUGCCUGAGGCUCAUACAGACAAUAAAUGCAGUCUACUGGAGAGUUCUUUUGCAGUGCUCCCAUUUCUUUCAGUGGAGUUUGUGGCGUCUGCCCAUUGUUUUGAAAAUGUCUGUACAGGGGGAGAAAAAGGGUUAAUAGGUAGACUAAUAGGAAAGCCAGAGGCGGAGCAUACCUGUUUAUAAAAGGACUUAGCCUGAGGUUUUGAGUGGGUAGUUGGUUGGAGUUUGGUUGGUUGGUCGGUUGGGAAAAGGCAGUUGGGAAAGCAGUUGGCAGACAGUUGGAAAUAAAGAGACAGCUAAUGCAGUUGGUUCUUGUGUGAGGGGAGGUAGAAGAGUUAGAGACAGAAUAAAACAAGACUAAGAGGGUAAAGAGUAACAACGUUUUGAAUGCAGUUAAAGUUUAUUUGUGUUUGCAAUAAACUGCACUCUUAUUUGUUAAGAACCUGACUGAGACUAAGUGAUUUACCAGAGAGGACCUGGUUGGUGGCAGCGGAUUAGUGGUGUACGGCUCAAUAGUCCGUGAGACGACCGGGGGCUCUGUACGAACGCCACAGAGUUGUAGCCAGUUGUGCUUCUGAAAAACUGCACGUGGGUGACCACCGCUUCUCAGCUGAGGGAACGCCACUUCCCAGCUAUUUGACUCUUCCCAUGACGCUGAGCAGGGCAGAUCGGCCGCAGCGAACAAAAGCAGAUCCUUCUGAGUCCUAAAGAAAAUUAGAAACCAAGCGAAGCAGAGGAAAACCGCAAAGGAAACAGGCAAAAAGGUCCAGCGAGGAAGCGAAAGAGGGAAGCCCCUCAGCUGCGCCGCAGUUUAUAUCUCCCGCAGCCACGCCCCCUGCCUGUACAGAUUGGCCAGUGGGCGGCAUGACGCAGCUGGGGGUCGGCGCAAGGGGGGCAUCGCCCCUCCGCCCCCUAGCCAGAACACUGUGAGGACCCAGAUGCCCAGCCGCAACACCGCCCCCCAGGGAAGGUGAGCAGACUUCCCAAAGGAUUCCGCCCCAACCAUUUAACUGUGCUAGAAGCAGAAACUGUGGAGAAAUCGCCAACACCACAAACCAAACAAGCCGCUGGAGCAUUUGUUCAGUGGCUUCAGAGCAGUGUCUAUUCAAUGACAUGAUGCAUGUGCCUGUGGAAUGAGGCAGUUGGUUCUUUAAAUCACAAAGCUUGCUUUUUUAAUUUUAAUUGCUUGUUCUUGUUUUAGUACAAGACAAUACCACAGGGCCCUAUUCCUCCAUCGACCCCCAAGUUUGCCUAUGGAGAAGUUCCGCUGAAAAAGGUAGUGGAUAUUGUAUAGUAGAUUAAUAUGCCUAAGAUGGGUGCUUCUGCCUUGUGUUUAUUAGGGACAAUUUUUGCAAAAGGCUAAAAUACCCAUUUAUAAUAUAAUAAUUAUAAUUUAGUAUUUGUAUGUCGCCCAUCUGACUGGGUUGCUCAGCCAGUCUGGGUGGCUUCCAACAAAUUAAAACACCAAACACAGAAAAACAUCAAACAUUAAAAACUUCCUCAGCAAUUUUGUAAAUAUGAUAGAGGGGGGGGGGAAGCACACCUCUAAGUUGGGGGUUUGAUUUUGAGCUCGGAAAUGGGUAUUUGUAGCUUUGUGACUGAAGCUGAGGAAAUCCAUUUAAGCUGUUCCUUAUGGUGAAAUUUGCAACGUAUAGUUGAGGAAUACUGCUGAAUGUUCCAUUAGGUGUAGCAGUUUCUGGGAAACCCAGUUCUUGGAAGGAAGCAUGUCAUCAAGAUUGUAGAACCAUAAGAAAGUACACCUAUGCUAUGAGGGUGGCUAUAAAGUUGAUCGUAAAAUUUGGGGUGCUUUUAUGAUAAGCAGACUUUCUCACCAUACGCAUAGUUGCUAUAUUAAUGUGGGAUGGAACUGGCUGGUGAUAGGCAGUUGUGUUGAAUCUGCGUGAGAACAAAAUGAGGACAGCAGCAAUAAGCAAAUGGCUUAACUUUCUCUUCUUUCACCUCUCCCACGCAGUGUUAAUAGAUGGCAGUGUUAAUAGUUCUAUUUUUGACAAUUAUUUUUUUAAUAAAAACCAACCCCACAAUGUUAUGUAUUUUCCUGUAUUGCCUCUCUGAGCCCAGCUUUGGCUGGGGAAGGCAGGAUAUAAAUAAAAAUUUAUUAUUAUUAUUAUAGGUGGGGACCAUAAGGGAUCUUCUGAAGGAUCUUUCACCAUCGGGACCAAUUAAAAGCACCUACCCUUUGACAUUUGUUCAAGUGAAGCAGGUAAAAGUUGGUCAUGAAAGAGUUUUGAGUUAGCAUUUUGCACAUUGUGUGUAAUUGUCACUACCCCCCGCCCUCCCCGGUCAAAUAAACUCUCUUAUGUCAGUUGUGGAUUUUGCCCAGUGUCCUGCUGUAGCUCGUUCAGUGAUGUUUGUGAGCAUCUUGAGAAGAACCAUUCCAUUUGUAUACGCUCUGCUUUCCAUAGUUUGAACCAUGAAGUAGAACCUCCAAACUUUCAGGCGGACUGAACUGAGCAGUUCUAGCUGGGGAGAAAACUGUGAAUUGUUUCAGAAGGCUUUGGCGAUUAAGGCGGGUGCCUGGGGCACAAGUGUGAGGUCCGAGCAGCUAGAUGAAUAGAAAUGAGGAUGCAGAGAAUAAUUGCACCAGAGAGAGGGAAGAACAGAUACGAGGAACUGGCAGAUGAGUAUAGAAAUAUCUCAUCAGUUAAAUGUAUAGUUGAAAGAGAGGCAAAAGGACAAAUCUAUCUGACUUUUAGAAGACAUCUGAAGGCACCCCUGUUUAGGGAAAUUUUUAGUGUCUGAAGUCUUAUUAUUUAUUUUAGUCCUCUGUUGGGAGUGCUCAGAGUGGCUGGGAAAACCCAGUCAGAUGGGCGGGGUAUAAACAAAACAACAACAACAACAACAACAAUUAUUAUUAUUAUUUAACAUAGCUCAGCAUCUGUCAGAAGAACUUUAGUGAAGCGAACAAGAGGAUGUGUCAUGGAGGACGAUUGUUUAGUGGAUGGAUGAGGGUACCUCAGACUGUCACUAUUUUGCAGAGGAGAUUCAAACAUAUACUGGAGCUUUAGACUUGCACAGUUAACGUGGGUUAAAGGGCUCUAUCACCCUAGUGCUAGUCCACCUUUAAAAAGGAAUCUGAUCUUUUGCGAUUUGGAAAGUGACACAGCAAUGCACUGAAAAGUGUGGAAUGCACAAACGACUAAUGGGAAGAGAUGUAACCCCCCUGCAAGCAAAUAAGAACGAAUGGUCAAUAAACAGGAUGGUCCCUAAGAAAGUGUUGGGCAACUUGAUGUAUAGAAUAUUAGUCAGCAGGAGGUUUGGGGCAUAGGAAGAUAGGUUGCAGCUGAAUCGUGAAAACCUGGUUUAUUAAGCCAAGAAAUGCCUGAGUGUCAAGCAGCCCCUUUGCCCGCUUGUGUGGUGGGAGGGGGAAAUAAACCUGGAAGACACAGUUAACCAUGGCUUCCGACAUAUAUGUGAACUGGAAACUAUGGUUAAUGGCUUCCAAACAAACCAGAUUUGGAAGCCUGUUUGAACCGUGGCUGGUUUGGAAGCCAUUAACCAUAAUUCCAUAAUUCCCUGAUCAGGUAUAGCAAGAAGCUAUGGUUAACUGGCUUGUUUCCUUGCUUGCAUGAAGGGAGCAGUGAAGCAGGAGCAAAGAGGCUCAUUGAACCAGAAGUUGAUCAUCCAUGUUGGGCCAUGGAGUCUUUUCUCUGUAGGUGUCAUCUUUUCAUUUCACUGGAUGAAUCUUUGAAAUUAAGACCUUUUAACAGCUAGGUCAGCACUAAUAAAAACUUCGAAAGCGAGUAUGACUCACCUCAUCUUAACCAAAAUAAUUGAACUUUCAGUAGCUAAUGUAUCGUUUUUUGAUUUUUAAGCUUGAAUUCUUGAAGCCCUUGCAUGAAAUACAUAGAGAUGUUUAAGUUAGAGGUAUUUAUAAUCUGAUUCUGACCUUUCAGAAGUAACACUUUCUUCUCACGGCUUUCUCCCCACUUUCUUCUUCAAGUACGUUGGGUAUGUAUUAUACAGAACUAAGCUACCAAGAAACUGUACUGAAGAACCGCUGUAUUCAAUAUUUAAUGGAAUUCAUGAUCGUGCUUAUGUCGUUGUGGACGGGGUAAGCGAAGAACUUCCAGUUUUCUUGUUUACCUCAGCGAUGCUAGAUACUGUGGCUCAGGGUCUCCCAAACUUGGGUCGCCAUCUGUUUUUGGACUACGAUUCCCAUCAUCCUUGAUCACUGGUCCUGCUAGCCAGAGAUGAUGUGAUUGGUAGUCCAAAAACAGCUGGAGACCCAAGUUUGGGAAACUGCUGUUGUUGUUUCGUCUUGAGCUUUGUUUUGUUUUGUUUUGUUUGUAUGAUCGGGAGUUUGUUUCCCACUUUGAGUAUCCCACACCAGCCCAUCAUGAUGAGCAGGAUAUGCCGAAAGAACAAGCCUAUGUCUCUGUCAGGAGCUCGGCCUACACUCGAGUAGGACCCUGGCAGAGACACAUGCCUGACUGGCAUGUUCUCUCCCUCCUGGUCAAUCGUUCGGGAGCUUCAAAAGUUUUCUUCAACCCAAACAUCACAGUGACCAAUGCCAACCAACACGGGCACGCUUAGGGAUCCGCAGAGUCUUUGCAGCUUUGUGUACCAGACCUCAGCAACUCAGCAUUUUGGCUAAUCUACUUUAUUUAUAUAUAAACACACACGAAGCACUGCAACAUGGCUCCCUCUCUCUCUAGCAUCAGACAGCAAAGAGAAAAGAACAAAGGACAACAGUCCCACUUCAUGGAACACAAUAACACAAACAUCCCGUCUUCAUCACUUCCCACUCUGUGGAGUCAAAACACAUACCGUCAUGUGACAGACAACAAUCCCAUGAAUGCAACCAUGGAGCAGGAAUUCUAACAGUCUCCCUCUGUGAGUUGAAGCUGCCGAAGUGGCAGAAUGUUGCCAGCGCAGCUGUGCUCUGCUUCUGAGGGGCUGUUAGCACCUUGAGAAGCACAGCACGAGAAAUACACACCCCAGCUCUCCUCUCCAGCUUGGAGCUAGAGAGGCAGUGUGGGUGGGAGUGAGUUUCCCCCCGCAGUAGAGGUUGUGCUUUGGAGGUGGUUAGUGGGCCUUCAAAGCACCAUGCCACUUCAGAGGUACUUCAGAAAUGCAGUAUUGCAGCAUGAACGAUCCCCCUGCCCUUCUCUCUAGGUCCAGACUUCUGCUUAAAAGUGCAUCACAAGGUCAGGACCAAAACGCCAUCCCUUGAGAACGAGUUAGGUAGAACGAGUUAGGUUCUUUUGAGCACAAUGCCCGCCAACAUUUGAAGGCACCUGCGUCUCAUGGUCGGCUGGGGCGCUUACCUGGCCCCUUGUCACUAGCAUCACUGCAGUGUGUCUGGAAGGUGAGGAGCAAGAUUAGUGUGUUUCAAACGCACUGUUGGCAUUUUCACCACACAGACUUCAAUGCCACCUUGCACCUUUUCCUCCUGGUAAGGCGCAGCAAUGCUCGUGAUAAGAGGUCAGGUACAUUGUACAUGCACACAGCAGAGCUCUGCCUCUCUCAUGUGUACAUGAGUAUAUCUCUUAUGAGUAUAUCUCAUCAGCUGGUGGCUUAAAUUGCAAUUUGUGAACCAUCUCCAUUGAAAAGUAUUGCAUGCCAAGUGAUGUUAACCUGAGAGUUUUGUCUCCAGCGUUGGAGAUGUGAAGUCUGAUUCAUGCGUACAAAUAAUUAAUCUGAUGAUGCAGCCACUGAGCGAUGUACGAACUCCUUGUCAAAUAUAUUCAAAUACCUUUUAGGUUUCAGAUGGUUAAAUACUAGUGAGGGCAACGUGCUGCAGCCCAUUUUGUUCCACAUUACCAUGUGCACAGUAAAAUUAAGAGGCAUAAAGACUCACUCUGUAUCUGUCUGCUUUGACUUGCCUACCACAAUUCAUAAUAAAAACCCAUGUGGAAUAAGGUUGCCAGAAGAGCCAAAAACAUACCAGGAUUUUGAGCUAGCAUAAACUUAGAUUUUGAAAACUUGCAUUGUUGAACAGUUCCCAGGCUCUUUGCAUAACCAUGCAAAUCCGUACUAUGCGUUGACUGCAAACUAUUGACCUCUGAGCAGCAAAAAUGUUUUUACUCCAUCUCUCCAAAGACUCGAGGCAGCGAAUAAGAAAUAAAGCCUAAAGUCACACAGCCCAAAUACCAGCCAAUAGCAUUGAGCUUAAAAUAUUUUAUCCACACAGUAUUACUUCUGUUGUAAGCAGAUACCCUCAUGAACAGAUAAAUUUUGCACCUGCUCCUCAAAGCUUGGAGGGGUGCAUUUAAAGAAUAUUUUAUCAGAGGUGGUUUCUUCACUGCCAUGGGGUAAAGCCGUGCUCUUCAGUGGCAAUGUUCUCACGUCACAGCUCGCCUGCUUUGCUUCUCCUCCUGAAAUGUGGGUGGUUGGGGGCACACAAUCACUGGCUUAUAAUUGCGUCUGAAACCAGAAUCCAUGUUUUGGUUGACUCCAGAAAAACCACAAUCGUUAGCCAAGGUUUGUUCUUUGCUUACCAGUUGUGAUUUGUUUGAGUGAAACAAAGCACAAUUCCUGCAUUUGACAUAGCAGAAGGACAGGGAUCGCGCUUUGCUUCCUUUGGGGAAGAACAGAACAGAACAGAACAGAACAGCAUGAAGCUGUACAUUCAGUACAAACCAUGGUUUAUUGUCACCUGCAAAUUGAGCUGAUGACAAAGUUGUAGCCUUGCACAUCAAAGGCACACAAAGUAGAUAAUCUGCGGUUUGCUGUCAUGGCUAGAAGUGAGUUUUCAAGCUCGUUGAGCCUAGCCAUCAUUAACGUUGGCAUCAGUGCCAAUUUAGUGUGGCACCAUGGUUGGCUCUGAAAAUGGAAAUGGAGUUCAGAUGGAGGGGAAAGGAAGGCACAUGUAAGCCUGGGAAGUGCUCCUCCUCCUCAUAUUCUAAGAAUGGUUGAAAAAGUUAUGUCUGCACUGGGCCUUGGAAGACCAUGUACAGUAGUGGAGUGGGAGAAGAUAUUGGGGGAAUUUAAGCACAUAAUUACAUGAUAGUAAUAGUAAUUAUAGGGAUAGUAUCUAAAAGGGCUGGGUGAAGCAACUCUCUAGCUUGUGAUUCAUUUUGACGUGAUUCCAUCUAAGGGGUUCACUCUCACACUACAUUUCACCUGCGUGUUUAACUUUUUUUGCACACGGGGAAAAAAUACCAUACAGAAAAUAAUUGUUUCAACACUUACUUGACUACAUUACAAAUCUUACAAGCUUUAAAUCAGCCAUUUAGACUUCCUGACCACAGAGGGUGGGGAAAUUUUAAACUUCACGGGAACUGGUUGUUCUGUCAUCAGGGAGGAAAAAACCCUGAAAUGUCUUGAAUCACUUUGAAUGAGAAUUACGAAGUUCAGCUGAUUCAAAUUAUGAGUUAACACAGUUGGGGGAAAUUGAAUUCUUACUAAAUCCCCUUGCAAAAAUACAGGGGGAAAAAUCUAAAAAUAGGGACUUUGUAAAAUGCAUUAAAGUUGUUUGUGUUCCCUACCCUGUUUCAGGUUUAGAUUUUAAGUAUUGAUAUUAUUUGUGCAGAUUCCUCAGGGAGUUCUUGAAAGAAGCCGUAUCGUAGCGCUAAAUAUAACUGGGAGCGCUGGAGCGCAUUUGGAUUUGCUGGUGGAAAACAUGGGCCGAGUAAAUUUUGGAAGAUACAACAAUGACUUCAAGGUACAUCUCCGUCUUCCUUAAAUAUACAGCAAAAUGUAACAUAGCCCAUGAAUCGCUUUUCGAGGGUAGAAUAGGUGACUUUGUGCUAAUGCAAGCAAAACCUUUACAUGCAAUGUAUUAUAAUUAAUUAAUUAGUUCAAUUUAUAUACUGUCCUAUACCCACAGGUCUCAGGGGUAUUGAAAGGAAAGAUCCUUUUGAAAGGGACCUCCCUUUAGAAAGUGGGAGUGCUGCUUGGGUAGUUUGGGCUUCUCUGUGGACUUGCUGGGGUGGUGCAAAAGGCUUCCUGUAGCCUUUUACAUUUAUCUAUAUAUUGAGAUCAGCCACAAGACACAGUAUGGACCUUUGCCCUUCUUCUCCACUCUAAUGAUUGUAAAAUGGGAGGUUGUGCUCUUCCCACUGUUGUUACUGACUCGCUGCAGAAUAAUUUUCUACCUCUGGGCUCCUUAAUGCCACUCUUUAGGGAACAUUAUGAACCCAUGUUGAUUUGAAGACCGCCUAAGAGCGAGCUGCCUCAAGGAUUCCUCUUAGCGUCAGCUCACACGUGCUUAUUUUCCGCACGCGAUCUCUCGCAUAUGUGACAUUGACUGCUUUGCCACGAGCAAGUAGCCUGCUGGUGCAUACUGCUGAAUGGUCCUCAUUUUGUUCACCCCUGCUUUGAGCCAAGGUCUGAUUGGUAAAUCAUGGCUUAUUUGGAAGAAAGGAACCACAAAUGCUGGUUGGCUUGCCACAUUAAGCCCAGGGUUCAUAGUGUGUUGCUUCCAGCUCAACAAUGGGAGCACAGAAGAAGUGCUGCUCAUUCAUACUGAGGAACAGUUUAUGGGUUAUUGAGACAUGUGAGAGCUGUAAAUGUGUGUGAAGGCUGCCUUUGUUUGUUUUGUGGUUUAUUACUUACACCUAUAGUCCACCCUUCAUCCAACGGUUCCAGGGCAGGUUAGAAAAAUACCACAAUAAAAAACCCAGGUUACAUUAUAAUCAAAACAUGAAACCACAAAACCUCUGUGUGGAUUGACUGUACAUGUAUGUAGCCUGUUGGGUUGAAAUAACGACAGACGAGUAGCAGGUGUCAUGUGAGAGGCAUCUCUCGAGCAAGUCCCGAGGAGACUCUUUUAUUGAAUAUUACAACAUUGCCACAGGUGCGCUCGUUGCUGAUUGGUUGACACAAACACAAAGCAACUUGUUGCUGAUUGGUUAACACAAGUACAAAGCAAAGGUUACAUAUAGGCAUUAAUCACCAAGAGAUUAAAGGCUGGGAAAGGGAGCACAGAACUAGACAGGCAUGAAACCUCCUAAUUAAAUUAUAACUAGUGAUUGAUAUAGCAAGACUAAAACAAUUACUAAUGAUUGAUCAUAGCAUGAAAGAAUACAACAAUCGCGUUCUGUAGAUGUGGUCAACUAUGCAUUAAGAACAGGUCAGGGUACACUGUUUCAUGAACUCAAUGGGAACUGUUCAGAACAUUCUCAGACUCAUGUGCAGAGGCAAAAACUUCCCAGCAGCGGCCAUUAGCCCAAUCUGUAAUUGUGGCAGCAUUUCCCCCCAAAAAGCAAUGACAAACCUAGACAGCAUCUUAAAAAGCAGAGACAUCACCUUGCCAACAAAGGCCUAUAUAGUUAAAGCUAUGGUUUUCCCAGUAGUGAUGUAUGGAAAUGAGAGCUGGACCAUAAAGAAGGCUGAUCACUGAAGAAUUGAUGCUUUUGAAUUAUGGUGCUGGAGGAGACUCUUGAGAGUCUCAUGGACUGCAAGAAGAUCAAACCUAUCCAUUCUGAAGGAAAUCAGCUCUGAGUGCUCACUGGAAGGACAGAUCCUGAAGCUGAGGCACCAAUACUUUGGCCACCUCAUGAGAAGAGAAGAUUCCCUGGAAAAGACCCUGAUGUUGGGAAAGGUGGAGGGCACAAGGAGAAGGGGACGACAGAGGACGAGAUGGUGGGACAGUGUUCUCGAAGCUACCAGCAUGAGUUUGACCAAACUGCGGGAGGCAGUGGAAGACAGGAAUGCCUGGCGUGCUCUGGUCCAUGGGGUCACGAAGAGUCGGACACAACUAAACGACUAAACAACAACAACAACAUCACCAGUUUAAUUCUAUAGAGCAGGGUUUCCCAAACUUGGGUCUCCAGCUGCUUUUGGACCAAAAUUCCCAUCCUCCCCAACCACUGGUGCUGCUAGCUAGGAAUGAUGGGAGUUGCAGUCCAAAAACAGCUGGAGACCCAAGUUUGGGAAACCCUGGUGUAAAGCAGGGAUGGGAACCUGUGGCCCUCCAGGUGAUGUUGCAGUCGAACAUCCCCAGCCAGCAUUACCAAUGGUCAUUUGAAGCCACCACAGAUUCCACUUCCCUUGUGGAAGGUAAAAAUGUAGAGGACCCCUGAAUGGUCAAGUCCAGCCAAAGGCGACUAUGGGGUUGCGGUGCUCAUCUCGCUUUCAGGCCAAGGGAGCCAGUGUUUGUCCACAGACAGCUUUCUGGGUCAUGUGGCCAGCGUGACUAAACCGCUUCUGGUGCAACGGGACACCGUUGACGGAAACCAGAGCACACGGAAACACUGUUUACCUUCCCGCCACAGCGAUACCUCUUUAACUACUUGCACUGGUGUGCUUUCGAACUGCUAGGUUGGCAGGAGCUGAGACAGAGCAACAGGAGCUCACCCCACCGUGGGGUUUCGAACCGCCAACCUUCUGACCGGCAAGCGCAAGAGGCUCGGUGGUUUAGACCACAGCGUCACCUGCGUCCCUUGUGUAAAGCCUGUCUCGCACUGUGGUUUCUCUUUAAGAACCCAUAUGCCAGAGGGGUCUGAUGCAGAAAAUCAAAAUAUCUGAACUGGUCUUUAGUUCAGUGAAGGGAAGUGGGGCAGUCAAAUGCAAAAGAGGACAGGUUUCCUGUGCCUGAUACAUUCCCUCUUCUACGUCCCAUCAAAGGUGAAUUCUUUUGCAUCUGGAAGUUACCUUUGGUGCUUCAUUUGAGAAAGCCCCCUAUGAUGUUACAAUGUGUUGCAGUGGAAAAACCUUUUCAAUCUAUUAUAGUUUUUUAAAGAGGUUUAAAUAGAAGUUCUUUAGUGUCUAAAACUUGCAUACAGGAUGUGGAAACUUGUGCAUGUGAAGAAUUAUGUAUCAUCAUGUUUAAAGGUGAGAUCAAAUCCUAGAUAAAUUUUAUCUUGCAAAACAUCUCUAAAAAUGGAGCUUCAGAAAGGAAGUUCUCAGGUGCAGAGCUGAGAGCUUUAGAACUUGGUUCUUCUCUUUUUAGAUCUUUGAGCAGGUCACUUUCGAAUGUUCAUCUUGACACCUGUAUUUGCUAUUCAAAUAAAGCAGCUUCCGAGUUUGUGAUACUGACUUCUGGUUUAAUUUGCUCUUAAAAGUGAAAUGAGGUUGCCACAAAUUUGAGAAAGGUUGAUGAAAUAUAGCCCUAGUGUUUUGUUGAAUGGCAAAAAAGAGGAAGAUCUGCUUAUGUGACAAACGUAUUAGCAUGUCAUUUGGGUCCAGCAAGAGAGUGUUUGGUCUGACACGGCUUUGGAUAGACAGUGUUACUUCUUAGAUUCUACAUCUAUUUCCUGGAGCAAACCCAGGAAUUCAUUGCUGGGACUAGUUUUUCAGUAAACAUGUAUAGAAUUUCACUGGUUGUGUAGUGCUUUUAGCUGAUGACAGCAUUCAGACCUGUAAAGUUCUGAAGAAUAGCAAUAAUUAGCUGCAAAAUAACUUUGUAAGCACACUGCAAAAUUGAAGUAACUUGUAGUUUGUUCUAAAGGUUCCCUAGGAUGGUUGUUUCUGCUUUUUAGUGUAUCAUUUGAGUUCCCAGUUUAGAAACCCCUCAUGAAGUACAAAAAAAUAAAACAGAAACAGCACAACGUAAGGCCGAUUAAAACAAGACAACCUUUUAUUGAAUGAAGUAAUUUCUCCUUUUUAAAUGUUAUUUUAUAGCCAACACUAACAACAGCGAGAAUCUUUUUAAAGGCUCAUUUCUGCUUUCCUCUCUCUGAUUGUAUUUAUGACCAAUCUGUUUGCAGGGCUUGGUUUCGAAUUUAACUCUGGGCAAUGAGACACUUGCCGACUGGGAGAUAUACCCCCUGGACAUAGACACAGCCGUGAGCCAGGGUCUUAAGAACGAGAGGUCUGGUGGAAACGGAUCGAGCAAUGAAGAACCUUCUUUUUAUACUGGCAGUUUUUCUAUUCCUAGUGGAAUCCCUGACUUACCUCAGGAUACAUAUAUUGCAUUUCCUGGGUGGACAAAGGUACUUUUCCCUCCCUUUCUUUCACGAAAAGUUCAGUAGAUAUGGUUGCUAACUUCAAGGCCCUGUUACUUAACGAAAAGUUCUUAAAAGAUACAGUGAGAGGCUUUGAGUCAGAGUUUGUUGACAGACCUUCCAUUGGGCAAACUGGAGUGACUGCUUCAGGUGUGGCAAAGGGGCAUCCCUCCUGGCUCUCCAAUUGCCUUGCUGGCUUUCUCUGGCCCUUCUGCCUAUCUGCCUUGAAGUGAGACUCCCCACCUCCUCCCCCCUUGCCAAGGGGGUCCGCAAAGCCAGACAUUCAGGGUGGGAUAGCUGCGGAAGUGCCUGUGCCACGGUUGCACUUGGCCGCAGCAGCUAAUGAUGCCUAAAAUUGGGCAAAGGGGAUUGUUUAAAGUUACAAUCAUACCUUGGUUUGAGAAUGGCUUAGUUGACGAACAAAUCAGAUCCCAAACGCUGAAAACCUGGAAGUAGGUGUUCCAGUUUUCAAAUGCUUUUCAGAAGCUGAACGUCCGACGCGGCUUCUGCUUGAGUACAGGAAGCUCCUGCAGCCAAUCGGAACCCACGCCUUGGUUUUCGAAUGUCUCAGGAGUUGAACUGACUCCCGGAACAAAUUAAGUUUGAGAACCAAGGUACCACUGUAUUGUACAGUGGUACCUUGGGUUAAGAACGUAAUUCAUUCCGGAGGGCUGUUCUUAACCUGAAACUGUUCUUAACCUGAGGUACCACUUUAACUAAUGGGGCCUCCCGCUGUCGCCGCGUGAUUUCUGUUCUCAUCCUGAAGCAAAGUUCUUAACCCGAGGUACUAUUUCUGGGUUAGCGGAGUCUGUAACCUGAAGCGUCUGUAACCCAAGGUACUACUGUAAUUCCACACUCCCUGCACCCUAAUUUUAGCCAUUGUCAUUAUUAAAAGCAGUGCCAACCUUCACCCCCCACUCCCUGCAGCUAGAUAUAAAAGCAACACAAAAUGAACAUCUAAGGCAAGAGGCCUUUCCCUCCAGUUGGGAAAGCUUGUUUUUUUAACAACAACAACAACUUUAUUCAUAUGCUGGACCUCUGGCUGGGUUGCCCCAGCCACUCUGGGCAGCUUCCAACAAAUUAAAGCACCAUAAGACAUCAAACAUUAAAAUCUUCCCUAUACAGGGCUGCUUUCACAUGUCUUCUAAAACUCAGAUAGUUGUUUAUUUCCUUGACAUCUAAUGGGAGGAAGUUUCUACUAAGAAGAUCCUUUGCUUGGUUCCCUGUAAUCUCUUUCCCACAACUGAUCCCUGUCAGUGUAAUUAUUUGAAACCAACAAUUUACAAAAGGUUCACAGGGCUUAACUUAUUAAUUCCUUAGAUUUGUGGGAGAGGUCCUGGGCUGCUGCUUUUCCGUACAGAGGUGAGGGCCGCAAAAUUUUGGGUCCGCCGUGUAGAAUGCUGUACCAACGCUAUAAAGUGCAGUCCUGACAAGGGAUGGCAGCUUCCAUUACAGUGGUGCCUCGCAAGACGAAAUUAAUUCGUUCUGCGAGUUUUUUCAGCUUGCGAGUUUUUUCGUCUUGCGAAGCACGGUUUCCCAAAGUCUUCAAAAUCACCAAAGUCUUCAAAAACCUCAAAAAAGGCUACCACACCGCGUGCUAUGAGUUGCUCCUCAAAGUCACCCUGGGUAUUAACGGUUUUAAGAAAAAGGAAACAAACUUGCAAGACGUUUUCGUUUUUUUCAUUUUUCAUCUUGCGAAGCAAGCCCAUAGGGAAAUUCGUCUUGCGAAGCAACUCAAAAAACGAAAAACUCUUUCGUCUUGCGAGUUUUUCGUCUGGCGAGGCAUUCGUCUUGCGAGGUACCACUGUACUGCCCAUCCGGUAAAAAACUUGAGCUUUAAAGAAUUUUUCUCCUGUAGGUAGAUUGGCUUUUAAAUGGCUGUGUUGUUUUUCUUUUACAGACAGACUGGCUAUUCUUAUGAUUCGUGUAUCUGUGGUUUUUAUUUUUGCUUUUUCGGUAGCGUUGUGUGCCGAAUGCCUAGCACAGAAUGCAGCAUACUUUAGCCUUGAAUACAGAAAUAAAAAACUGGCGCUGCUAAAUAUUUUCCUCAGUAAACCUCUUCCUGCAGAAGAGAGAGUGGUUCAUUUUAAGCCUUGGCAAAGCAAACCACAGCCAGAGAUGCUUUUGAUAAGGAUGUUUCUGAGGCUGAAACCCAUUCAUACCUUGUGGAAAGUAACUGAUAAUUAUCUCAGCCCAGAGCUACACACCUAACAACUCGGCUCUUAAAAUGUACAAAUUAAAUGUUUGGGCAGAGUGGUUUUGGAAAAUAAAAGUGAGUGCAUUUUGCAGAGGUAGAUGUGUAGCAUAAGUUCAUCAGUGGGAUACAUUUUUAGACCAUGCCAAGCAUGACUCCAUAUUUCCUCCCCACUUCACAUUUUACCUAAUAUUUGGCCUGAGGCGGUUAUGCUGCAGGCUUGAAUACUGAUGCCUAAAGAUGGAAGGGACAAAGCUAUUUUGCAAGCAUUCAUUAUAGCAGAGCCCUUUUAAUGCCACACUUGUGUCAGUGCAGUGCAAAAUGAGUUUUUAAAGAGAGCACUGAAUUCUCAGUUAAGGAUGUCAGGUUUGCCAGAUUUCCAGAGUCAGUUUCUUCUAAUGGUUUGUUUCUUUGCAGGGACAAAUCUGGAUCAAUGGCUUUAACUUAGGGCGCUAUUGGCCAACCCGUGGACCUCAACUAACACUGUUUGUUCCAAGCAACAUCCUUGUUUCAUCCUUUCUAAACAACAUUACAGUUCUGGAGUUGGAGAAGUCUCCAUGUGGCGCUCAGAAGUGUUUUGUAGAGUUUGUAGACAAACCCAUUCUCAAUGCAACUCUUCACUAUGAAAGCAGUACCGAGAAACUAUUCACUAAAGAUUUAUGGCCGAACCAUAGAUGA